UGGUGUCCGCGCGCUCAGUCAAUGAGCACCGAGACAGGAGGAGUGUCCGACUGUUUACAUCUCGUUUCGGGGGCCGAGAGAGCUUUUCCUCCAGCAUGAUGUCGGUGUGGAAUUAUCGCACUCUCAACCUUUGAGAAAUAAAGGCGGCCAGCAGAAAACAGUGACCCGGCGUUGAGUCAUGGGAGGCCAGAUAACCCGAAACGCCUUGUACGACUCUCUGGGUGGACCGUUCCCCUCAACAGCUCACCGAUGCCACCACAAACCCAAACGCUGUUUACCCUUGCAUCCAUGCGGAGGUGUCCCUGUGAGCCCCCUUCUCUUCCACCCCAAUGCUAAAGGCUCUCAGAUAGUCAUGGAUCUAGCACAAAGGAGCGUCAAACGGCAGGCCAGCUUCUGCAACGGCAUCACUUUCAGCAACCGACCCAUUGCUCUUUAUGAGCAGGUCCGCCUAAAGAUAACUAAAAAGCAAUGCUGCUGGAGUGGCGCUCUCCGCCUGGGCUUUACUUCUAAGGACCCAUCUCGAAUCAAUCCCGACAGCCUGCCCAAAUACGCCUGCCCUGACCUGGUAUCCCAGAGUGGAUUCUGGGCCAAGGCUCUGCCAGAAGAGUUUGCAAAUGAAGGAAACCUCAUUUCCUUCUGGGUGGAUAAGAAGGGGAGAGUAUUUUAUCGCAUCAACGAUUCCAGCCCCAUGCUGUUCUUCAGUGGCGUUCGGACCACAGAGCCACUAUGGGCCCUCAUCGAUGUCUACGGUCUGACCAGAGGAGUGCAACUGCUGGACAGUGAAGUCGUCCCUCCUGAUCUUCUCCGCCCACGAUCCUUCACCACAGUACGUGGAUCCACCUCGUUACGACGUGAAGCAGACACCUCCCGCCUGUCCGUCAGUCUUUGCGAUCUUAACCUGCAACAAGAUGAUACCAGACUUCGGCUCCCCCCUGCCCCCGUCGCCUGUCCCAUUCCUCAAAAUUCCAUGAACUCCCAGCAGUCAUCACUGCUUCCUCACACCUUGGAAUGUGACCUACGUUUCCACCAGCUCCGAGGUGCCCACAUCAAAACCCUUAACGAACAGACCGUGACCCGAUCCGAAAAUAACCGUGAAGAACGCACGCUGGUCUUCACAGAUCGCCCACUGCGAAUUGGCGAAACCAUCUUCAUUAAAGUCAUUAAGUCCAGCCCUGCUCGAUCUGGGUCUCUCUCAUAUGGUGUGACGUCAUGUGACCCAGCAGUGCUUCGCCCUAGUGACCUCCCUUACAAUCCUGAGGCGCUGGUGGACCGUAAAGAAUUUUGGGCUGUGUGCAGGGUGCCAACUGCUUUGCAGAGUGGCGAUAUCCUGGGUUUCCUGGUCACACAGGAAGGGGAAGUCGUUCUGAGUCAUAAUGGCAACAAUGUGGGUAUGCAGGUGUGUGUGGACAACUCUCGACCACUCUGGAUGUUCUUUGGACUGCAUGGUGCUAUCACACAGCUAAGGAUUCUAGGCUCCACUUUCUUGGGUGAUGCUCGUGAUCCAUCCAGCCCUGGCUCGCCCUCUGCCUCGCCCCUCUCGCCCUCAGGCCUGUGCGGUGGAAGCCCAGAGCCCAUUCUCAAUGAACGUGGCUGUUCUGCUGCCUUCUGCAGCUCUACUGAUGGAACCACACCCAACUCGCCCAUCAGUCUCCCCAAAUCUCCUACUUUCCCAUCUGCCUCAGGCUCAUGGCAGGACGAGUGUUCUAUCUGCUAUGAAAACACAGUGGACACGGUCAUCUACGCCUGCGGACACAUGUGUCUCUGCUACACCUGUGGCCUCCGCCUCAAAAAAAUGGCCAACGCUAGCUGUCCUAUCUGUAGGAGAGCUAUCAAAGACAUUAUAAAGACCUACCGGAGCACUUAGGGGGGCCCCCCUCACCCCCAAACCCAAGUCUCAUAAGGGCCAUUAAGGAUCUCUAAUAGAUCUCUGUUUCAAGAGAGGGUUGGUGUCACAGUUCAGGGACUCACUCUGGCACUGCAUGGGUCUCCUUUCCCAUGGCGAUGACUUUUGAACCCUUGAACCUUCAAGGCUCAGGCAUCCAUUCACUAAGGUCUUUGUAUUUCAUGCUCAAGUCUCUGUUGCUAUGGUAACCAGUGAUAUUGCUGCU